GUGCUAAGUCAGCAAUGUAAGUAUAGAAGUUUAGAAGGAGGUUAGUUAGAGAAGAAUUAUGAUUUUGAGAAUAUCUUGACGUUAUGAAUGAUGUUAUUUAGGAGAGUUGGUCUGGCUUCAUUCAUGCCACAUUUUUCUCGUAAUACUAAACCUUCUGGUGAAAGUUUGCAUUCAAAUUCAAUAGUAUAUUUCUUGCUUUUAAUAAUCCAAGUGAGCUUCAUUAUUAGUAUCUGAAGAUAGAUGUCAAAUCUAAAGCUUAGUGCUAAAAUUUGGAUAAAAUUCAAAAGCUUAUACAACUUUUGGUUAUUCACUAACUUAUAUAAUAACACUCUAACAGGUUUUGCUUAUUAAAUCUUGCCCAUUAAUAAACUCCACUUUGACCAGAAAUGGUGUUGAGUUCUCUUGCUAAUUUUCUAAAUUUGGGCAAUGGAAAUAGUAAGAAAAUUGAUAAUAACACGUAAAGUUUUAUUUUAAUAAAUCUUUGACAUAUUCAUAUCUUUUUAGGGAAAAAAGAUCCUUGGAUGAUGGUUCCACAAUACUCUCUUCAUAAUUUCUGAUUCUGUGAUUAUCCGAAUAGUAACUUAUGAUUACAAGAUAUUUAUUGAACACAAGUUUCUAAAAAUAAGCCAUCCCAACUUGGAUGCUCAACAAAUGGAACUGGAGAAGUGUGAACAGUUAAAGAAUUUCAGACAAGAUCUUCUACAGAAUCAAUAAGAGGGGAUAUCCAAGAGCCCCUUUCAAAAGAAGCCUUUGAAAAGUUCCUAUCUAAUCAAAUUACUAGUGGUUGCCACAUGCAACUUUCUCCGAUGCUUAAUCUCUCGAAGAAGCAGAUGAAGAAAACUGAGAGAGAUUUUACUAAUUCAAACGCAAGGAAAGAUGUUAUUUACAAGGCGAUAUUAAGGUUCUUCAGAAGAAAUUGUCAGAUAGAAAUAAAGCGACUCGAAUGUUCGAUGUGAAGCCACCAACCAGACUCUCUUUGCUGUCAUACAGAGGAGAAAAGUACAGUGUUCUUGAGCUCUGAACUUGGCAUCCCUGUGACUGCUGAGCUGUUAGAGAUCUUUGAAGUAAUCAUAUCGUUUGGCUCCACCACGCUUUCCAGAGAGUCUCCAGUCUAUGAAUUUACUCGCUUGUUUAAAACCUGAAUGGAGAAAUUUAAUCGCAAGAAAUUGCACAAAAUAUUGUCAAAUAAAUAUUUUGCAAUAAUUCUCCUCAAAUUUUGGGAAAGAUCUGAGUUAUUUGAGAAAAUGGUGAGAUGCUUGAACAUGAAGAGGGAACAAGAGAUAAAUGUAGAAGCUCAUAGAUACUAUCUGCAUAAAUUGAUGCGCAGCUGAACAGACACUCUGGAAGUACAGAUAUCAUAACUGUUAAUUCAUAUAAUCCAUUCCAUGCUUAUAAUAGAUUCAAAAUAUUUCAUGCUUACAUUUUCUAAUUUUAUGUGAAAUAAUGCUUCCUUCAGAACUAUAAUUUCUGGAUAUUUUUAGUGAUAUUUCUGAGCGAUAAUAGAAAAUUGUGAGUGAGAGAUAUGCCCAGCAUCGCCUCAUUCUGCACUUUAUAUGCUUUCAUUUUCAACUAAAUGGCAAUAAAAUGAAUGUAAAUCUAUCUUUUCAAUUUGUCGAAAAAUUAUAAUUUGGUGAAAUCUUCCCUCUACUCUAGGUUUUAGAAGGAUUAGGGAACAAGAGAGUUAUAUUAACUACACAAGUCAAGGGUUAUUAUUAUGAAGGAGAUAAAACUCUCACGUAUGCUAUAAAUCUUCAAUAGGCUCAAUAAAACUGAAAUACUUCUAUUUCAGACAACCAUGCUUGCAAUUUUUAAUCAGGAUAGAACGGAAGUAAUUUUAUAUAUUUUUCAAAAAGGGUGAUUAUUAUAAUUUCUUUCCUUGGCUUGAGAAACUCAGGGAGUCUCUCUUUCUUCCUCAUGAACACUUUAAAGCCUUAGGCAUACAUCAGAUUUGACAGGAGAAUUAUUAACUGAGAGUUUUCGAAUAGUGUCGAAAGCUUCAAAAGAUUAUUAUUUCUAAGAGUCCUAGUGUUGCUAGUUAUUGAUGGGUUUGAAAUAGAAGAUAAGAGGAAUGAUCAAGCACACAUCUGAUCUUUGUUUCAUAGUCCUUUGAAAUUUAUUAGGCUAGGGUAAGUAAUACGGCUGAGGUUAGAAGUCUAAGGGGUUAUAAAUAAUUUAUAGUCAUAUUUCUUCUGAAGGAUUUGUAGAUGAUUUAAAUUAAGUAUUCAUAAUUUCUUUGUAUUAAAAAUAUUAUUUAACUUAAAAUUAGAGAAAGAAUGAGUCAUCUUUUUCAAGAAUUCGCCAAGAAAAUAUAGCAUAUUAUAAUUAUUCAAGAAAUCUGAUAAGAAUUGAUCCAUAAAGGGGUAGGAAAAGAUGAUAAAUUCUCUGACUAAAAUUUUUAAAACUGUUGCUACUAAAAAUAACUCUCAUUCAGAUAUUAUUAUUAAAAAGCUCUUUGAUAGCAAAAUUAGGAGGGAGGAUGUCUCAGGGUUUAUUUCAUAUAAUUUAUUGACAUAUCACCAACUUAUGUUAUUCCUCUAAUUGGCCCCAAAUAAACUGUUGAGAAUUUCACUGAGACUCUAUGAAAAUAGUGAGAAAAGAGCCUUAGGACCUCUUCAAUAAACAAGCGGGAGCUCAAAUUUUAGCAUCAUGAGUUCUUGAUAUUAUUAAAGCUGGAUCAGGUUCCUAGUCCAAACUUUUACAUUUAACAGGGAUGCUAACCUAAUUUUUGUGGAAAAUGGCCUUUAAUUAGGAAAAAUAUUAUAUGGAUCUUUCAGUCUUAUUAGGACCAAAGAUUUAGUGCUCCUCUAGUCAUAAGUGAUUUUGGUAUAAAUUUCCCAUGAUUUAUUUGGUAGAUAGGCAGUUUAUUUUUUAAAAAAUUUUAUGAACUUUUCAUGAAAUACUACCGAACAAAUUAUAACCUAAAAAGUAGAUAUUGGCAUGAAAAUGAACAUAAUAAAAGACAUAGCAUUUCAGAUUCUGUGCAAAAUCAGGAGAUCAAUUUUCAUGCAAAUUUUUUAUACUUUUUGUGCUCAAAAAAAAUAUUGUCAAAGAGAAUAACUUCAAAAGAUGGAUAUGAAGAAAACUUUAGUAAUAAAAUUCAAUUGAGAAGCUUAUAAACUUUUAGAUAAAAGAUAUCUGAAUUUUUAAAUAUAAAAAAGUGCAGUUUUGAGAAAAUUAGUGAAAAUUUCAUAUCCAUAUUCUUAAACCUAAGUACUUAUCAGCUCAUUCAGAAACCCGAAGCAAAUAAAGAAGAAAGCUCUAACAAUGAUACUGUGAGGGCAUACAAGUGGCUUAGGAAAUAUUUCGAAUAAAGUUGUAAGAUAAAAUUAUUAGCAUGAUUUCCGACGAGUACAUUUAUUGAUACCCAAUAUCUUCAUGCAAAGAUAAGGACUCAUUCUGCAAAUAAACUAUUCUGAAAGAGUGAUUUUUAAACUUCUUGGAAAAUUUAAAAAUCCUAAGUCCUUACUCAAAUUCAUCAAAAUUAGAUAGCUGCUAAUAAUUAUGACUUUGAGUGACAAUUUAUAAUCAUAUGAUUUCUAAAACUGUGAAUUUUUGAUGUAAUUAUUUUACCAAAAAUUCUUCUUAUAUUUCAGACUCUCCUAAUCCUACUGAAAGAGAUGAAAGCAACCAACCAAAGAAUCGCCUACCAUACCACCUCUAAACUCCUAACCCACGAAUCCAUUCUUUAAAAUCUCUUACCACCUUCAUUCCUCUUACAUUCUAAACCCACUAAUCCCCCAAAACACUCCACCAAGACCUGCCAUCUCCCUUUCAACCUUAUAACCACACACCUCUACAGCUUCAUUUGUUCCCAACUUUGCCGACAACUGUCUUCCUAAACCUCCCAAAAAUGUUGCCUGCAUCACUCAGUCCUUCCUACUGCUAGUAGAAGUCUUGGGCAGAAUUUUUAGCGUCUUAAGGGAUUUUUGGAGAAGUUUUAACAGGUUCUUAAGGCGGCCAUAUUAUUUUAUUUG